AAUAUUGCCGAAUACUGAGGAAGAUGUCCUUGCCAAAGACAAUCAAUCGAACAGAUUAGAGAUGGUCAAAGGUUUGAACCGCGGCUGGAGAAAUGACUAGUUUUAUAAUAACAGUAAUUACUAUGAGUAGUUAAUGACCACAAAAUGUUCCACAUUUGGAAUAAUAUUCAUCAUGACAGGCUGAUGAACUGCCGGGCUGGUCCUGGCAAGGCUUAUGAGCCCACUGAUGUGGAACAUUUGGCCAACAUGAUAUCACAUGGAAUUUGGAUCAUACCCAGUCUUUUCGGCCUGUUGUUUAUGGUGUUCCUGUCCGCCAGUGAUGUUCAGUUAACGAAUGCCGUGAUCUAUGGUUUUGCCUUGUUGGCAUUAUUCACAGUGUCUACAACGUUUCACACCAUCUCGUAUCAUUCAAAAAAAUAUAGCAGUUCUGUUAAAGACAUUUUCCACAUUGGGGACAGAGUGGUUAUUUACAUCUUCAUUGCAGCUUCCUAUACACCAUGGCUGACAAUGAAGGACUUGGGGUCUUGGGGAUUGUAUGUAGUGUGGAUUAUCUGGUUUCUGGCUGCAGUUGGUAUUGCGUAUCAGUACACAUACCACGAACAGUACAAAUGGCUGGAGAUACUGUUCUAUCUGUUGAUUGGAAUCUGUCCAGCAGCUGUUAUAUUUGCAAUGAAUGACCGGUCAGGGGUGUAUGAGCUGGCACUGGGAGGAGUGGUCUAUGUCUCAGGGGUGGUGUUCUUUAAGUGCGACGGUAUCAUCCCAUUUGCUCAUGCCAUCUGGCACUGUUUUGUGUUGGUCGGUGCCAUCUUUCACUACUAUGCUGUCUGCACGUAUCUGCUGGGAACAAAAGAACUGGAUCAAAAUUUACAAUCUUCGGGAAUACUCAAGGGAUUAUGACGAAAAUACUAAAUCAAAUUAUACAUUAAAUUUAUAUAUUUAUUUUACAACAACUCUGUGUAUUUGUAGAAACUCAUUUUACAUUAGAUACAUGAUGUGUAUUCAUUAUUUUUGUUAAAUUGGAUAUUUGAAUUAGUCCUAAAAUUAAUCUAUACUGUAUCAGGUCGGGUCAUAGGGCUUAACGUGCACAUUCAGAGCAAGCUGUUGUAGUGCAAACCUGUCAUGGGCGCAGGUGUUGACUUCAGCCAGCUCCUUCAUCCAGCACAGGAUAUACUUUGUGAGUAAUAUUUAUGUUUAAAAAUACUCCAGGCCAUUUUUGUGUCUGACUGGCUAUAUUAUAGUUCUGUUCUAGAUUAGCAUUUGAAAAUCAAUGAAAGAAAUUCUAUAACCUGAUUAUUUAUAAAAAUAACCCCAAAACACUGACUUUCAUAGCUACAACAGUUGGUUGAUAUUAAAUUAUAAAUUAACCUUUACUUCACUGAAAUAAUUAUUGGAACAGUCUAUUAUACUCAGUUUAUUAUAAUCUGGCAUUAGAUUUAAAUUCUAUAAUUUUGACAUUUCAAAAAUGUUUACUGAUGAAAAUUGUUUUAGAUAUUGUUUGGGCCUGGUGUCAUUCCUACUGUUUUUUUAUUUAACAAAAAUUAAUAUAUAAGUGAAAAGAGUACAUACAAAAUAUUUUAUCUUUAUCCAUAUGGCAGGAGGAAAAAAAGCUGAAUUACCGUACCUAAUGUUUUUGUUACAUGUUCUCUUUGGCCUUACUACCACACAGUUAAUUUCUGAGGCCUAAUAUAGAGUGGGAUUUUGUACUGACAGUUUUAUUCGAUUGUUCUAUUAAUUUGAUGUAACAGAAAUGCUCAAGAACUUGUUGAAUUGUUAUUAAAGGUGUUUGAUUCUCUUGCAACACUGUAUGCCUUCAGGCGCGUGUGCAUGAAUUUAUGCAGGUGAGAUGGGAUCUAGACUCUGGUGAGCAAAGUUUCUUGGGGAUCAAGUCAUGCUCUUCCAGAAAGUAUAUGUCCCCCAAAAAAGAAGAGAAAAUUUGCUUAAGCAGGGGUGGUUUCAACCCCCAAAACUUGCCCCCCUCCCUGCACAUGCACCUGACAAUUUCUUGCUAAAGCUUAUUUGUGUUUUUCAUCUAGUCAGGUCUUCACAUACUGAGUAUAUAAUUACAUACAUAUCUGUGUUAAGAAACAACAACAACAAAACAAACAAAAACAACAACAUUUUUUUCAAAUCUUUUGUUAGUGAGCAGGUGGAAUUUUAUGGAUUGGCAAACAUUCUGGCUUAUAUGGAUUGACUUACAAAUGGGUCAAUAAUUUUUUUUUAAUGUUUUUUCCAAGCUUGAAAUUAGGCUGUUGACUUAUAGAUGAUAUUGACUUAAAUGCAAAGAUAUAUGGUAUUCAAUGGAAUGUAUUUCUUAAAGGUACUUAAAAGAAAACAUCCAGUAUCAUCAAUAUUCUGGUCCACACCACACAGUCACAUCGAAAUACUGUCUUGAUAUUUUUAUCGCCUCUAGAACAACCAAGAACUAACUUGACAUUCAUCUUUGAAUACUCACAGCAAGAAUCUAAAUUUCAACCUCAAGUAUCAUGCAAUGUUGGAAGAAAACCAUUUACCUUUAAAUACAAUCAUUUUUAUUUCUCAUUAUGAACCUCAUACGAAGUAUAUAUACGCAAUGUAAUGUUUUGAUAUCCUCUCUUUUUAUCACAUUUGUAAAGAUUUUAAUAUUAAUAACAUACACAUGCUCAGUUAGUAGAGCAGUCACCUGAUGUGCUUAAAUCAUAGGAUCGAAACCCGCCAGUGGAUCAACCGAGUUUUUUCCUGUCCCAGCCACCAGUGCCCCACAACUGGUAUAUCAUAGACGAUAGUAUGUGUCUAUAUAUAUGGAUAUUCUAUUUAAAAGAAACUAAUUUAUUUUUAAAAAUUUAUUUUUUCUUUAAAUCACUGAUAA